AUGAAUCAAAAAAAUAAGGGAAAGAAAAAAAAAAAUUCUGUAUCUAAUAAAAUGAAGAAUGAUAUUUCUUCUUCAGAUGAAGAAAUGGUUGAAGAAAUUGAUAUUGACAAUGAGGAUGAUGAUUAUGAUUACGAUUAUGAUAAUAAUAAUAAUGAUAAUGAUGAUGAAUCCUUUGAGGAUGAGGAUUUUAUAGAUGAUGACGAAAAUAAUUUUGAAGAUGAGGAUGAUGAUGUUGAUAAUAAUCUAAGUGAUAAUUGUGAGAAAGAAAUUCAGAUAUGUUUUUUUACAAAUAUAGAGAAUGAAAAAUAUAAAAUCGAUAGUAGUACUUAUACAGUUCCUGUUACAUUUAAAAGAAUAGAUUUAUCAAGAAUGAUAAAGAAAUUAUUAGAUAUUGAGGAUAAUGUGUCCUUUGAAUUUUUAAUAAAUAAAAAGAUAUUAAGAACAACUAUAGAAGAAUUUUUACGUGAUAAUAAUAUACUAUCAGAAAAUGUUAUAGAAAUUGAAUAUAGUAUACCUUUAAGAAAAAGGGAAAGUAAGAAUAUUGAUACAAUUUGUGAAUGGAUAUUUGAAUUAAUUACGAUUGGUAAUAAACUAUAUUGUAGUACUUUUGAUGGUACCAUUUUAUAUUAUGAUAUGUUAAAUUUUAAAAAAAUAUAUGAAAAGAAAGUAAUAGAUAGUAUGCCAAUAUAUUCAUAUAAUAUAUAUAAAAGUAAGAAAUUACAUAAUGAAUUAAUAUAUAACGAAUCAGUUGUUGGAUUAUCCAAUGGAAGUAUAAAAGUAUUUUUGAAUGAAGAAAAAGAAAAAGAAAUAAUAACACGAAAUGAAUUAUAUUUAGGUAAUCAUAUAGAUAUUAUUAAAUGUAUUUCAUUUAAUAAAGAUUAUUCUACAUUAUUAAGUGCUGGAAAUGAUAAUAAAAUUAAUAUAUUUGAUAAUAAUUAUAUUAUAAAUGAAUUAUUAAAUGAUUUAACAAAUGAAUCUAAUACUAAUAAACGAAAAAAAAAAUCUGUUGUUUUUCCAAAAAAAUGUAUACAUAAUGAUUCUGAUAUGAUAACAUCAUUAAAAUUUUUUGAUAAUAUAAAAUUUGUAUGUACUGGACUCGAUAAAAAUAUAAAAAUCUAUGAUUUAACAUCAUCAUAUGUAUCUUGUUCUUAUUCAUAUAAUAAAUCUAUUAUAUGUAGUGAUAUAUUGAAUAAAGAUUUGUUUAUUACUGCUGAUGAACAUUCUAUGAUUAAAUUAUUUGAUGUUAGGAGUACUAAUGAGAAACCUGUUUUGUCAUUAAAUGAAAAUAAAUAUCAUAUGCAUGAUAAAAUAAUAACUAGUCUUAAAACAAACAAAAAUGAAAUAUAUUUCUUGUCAUCAUCACACGAUGGUUUUACUAAUAUAUAUGAUAUUAGAUUAAAUAAUUUACCUGUGUAUACAUUUCAAAGUGAUGAAAAAUCAAAAAUCCUUUCAUCAACCUGGUAUUAUAAUGAUGACAACAAUUGUGUAGUGAAUGCAGAAGAGCAUAAUUUAAUUCUCCACAUUUUUUAG